CGAGCAGCAUCCGACCCAGCGCGCAGUCACACAGACGACAGAACCGCAGUUCAGUCUCGCAGUUCAGCCUCGCAGCAUCUGUACCGAUCUCUGGCUCCGGCUUCCAGUCAGACCAUUUCUCUUUUUUCUGCCUCUGAACUGAGCACCAACCAAGGAUAAGUGUUCGGGGAGCUGAGUGGAGCUGGAGGAGUGAAAGCAACCGACACUUGUUGCUCGCCCCGUCAGGUACACCUCCUGUCGGCAGCCUGAAGCGCUCAGUCUGGUGCGCACAUGGCACAGAAAACGCGUCCCUCGCUCUCCUGACAGCCGCGCAACAUGGAGACACACACUGGUUAACGAGGCCUUUACUACACCGAACGCGCGAUUCACCUGACUUCACAUCAAACCUUAUCUAAGUUGGGGCGUUUUCUUCCGAUUUCCGAAUUUUUGGGAACUUUUUUUGGUUGUUUGUUGUUUUUUUGAAGGACAAACCAUGUUGGGUUUAAACAGGAUUCUGAGCCUCCGGGCGACGCGGAUUCGGAGCUAUGGUUCGCCGGGCGUCAGACUCUCCUCCCGGGCUUCUUCCCGGUGCCAAACCCCAAGUGCCAGCUCCAGGAUUUACUGUGCGUGCGUGUUGCUGCUGCUGCUGGUUACACCUCGGGUGGACUCUUCGUGGUGGUACAUCGGGGCACUCGGGGCCCGUGUGAUCUGCGACAACAUCCCGGGUUUGGUGAACAAGCAGCGGCAACUUUGCCAGCGCCACCCGGACAUCAUGCAGGCCAUCGGCGAGGGCACCAAGGAGUGGAUCAGAGAAUGCCAGCACCAAUUCAGACACCAUCGCUGGAACUGCAGCACACUGGACCGCGACCACACCGUGUUUGGACGUGUCCUGCUACGGAGCAGCCGCGAGGCAGCAUUCGUCUACGCUAUCUCCUCAGCUGGUGUGGUGUAUGCGCUCACUCGCGCCUGCAGCCAGGGGGAACUGAAGACGUGCAACUGUGACCCGCACAAGCGAGGACGGGCUAGUGACGAGCGGGGAGAGUUUGACUGGGGUGGCUGUAGCGACAAUAUUAACUAUGGGAUCAAGUUUGCCAAAGCCUUCAUAGAUGCCAAAGAGAGGACGGUCCGAGAUGCACGGGCACUCAUGAACCUGCACAACAAUCGCUGUGGCAGAAUAGCAGUGAAGCGAUUCAUGAAGCUGGAGUGCAAAUGCCACGGAGUGAGUGGCUCCUGCACGCUGCGGACAUGUUGGAUGGCCAUGGCAGACUUCAGGAAGACCGGCGACUACUUGAGGAGGAAAUACAACGGGGCCAUCGAGGUGACGAUGAAUCAGGACGGGACGGGCUUUGCUGUGGCAAACAAAGCCUUCAGGAAGGCCACCAAAAAUGACCUGGUCUACUUUGAGAACUCACCGGAUUAUUGCCUGCAAGACAAAGCCGCAGGAUCCCUGGGCACAGCCGGGCGAGUCUGCAACAAGACGUCACGCGGCACCGACGGCUGCGAGGUCAUGUGCUGUGGACGAGGCUACGACACCACACGGGUCCAGCAGAUCACCAAGUGCGAGUGCAAGUUCAAAUGGUGCUGCGCUGUGGAGUGUAAGGACUGCGAGGAGGCCGUGGACAUACACACGUGCAAGGCCCCUAAGCGAGCCGAAUGGUUGGACCAGACCUGAGGACACGCCCCCUAAGCCCCCCCAUAAUGCAGCCCCAUCCCUUUCCCCUUUGCAGGACAUCCUGUGGAACAUGGCAUUCUGGGAAAGUUUGUCCAAAAGUGCUCCGCGUCUCCGCCCUCCCCUCUACCCACCUCGGUUCAUCAUUGCAUGGCUUUUCUACUUGUCUCUGUGAAAGCACUAGAAUUCAGUACCCAUCAAUAUGAAUUAAUACCCAUAAUCCCUGUUUGUGAAUGGCCUUGUGACUGACCCGCUGGGAUCCGACGCUGAACAGUGAAACCAGUAAACACUUUGGGGUUCGGGUGGAUUGGGCUUUUAUCAAAGAAUCGGUCCAGGUGGCCUUUUUUCUAGUGUGGGGUUCUGAGCUAAAAAUGGUUUGCUGCUUUAACGACGCUUUAAAAGACACAUUUUUACAUUAACUGAGCCUUCAAGCAUAUCCAGUAUUAAUACAACAACAUCAUAUACUCGCAUAAUUCUCUUAAUUUUUUUGGGGGGGGGAAUACACUUUUAUCCACCCAAACAAAUACCUGGUUGGACUUUGGGAAGUAGCUUGACAAGUGCACUUUGAGAAGUGGACAUCUUGAGAGUCAGUUUGGCUCUGCGUUGUCAAACGGAAGUCCAGACAAGAGGACUGCCAGAGGACGAGGAGGAGAUGGACACCAGAUGAAUAAACGGACGGAUGCAUUAUUGGAACUUUGAAUGCAACUGUAAAAAACAAAGCAAAAAAAACUACAAAAAACUAAAACAAAAAGAAAGUUGUUUAAAAGUGAUUUAUUUAAAUUGUAAAGUGUUGUUUCAUUUCUCAUCUGCGGAUGGGACUGCACUACAUUGGCUGAAACGAGGAAAGAGAAGAGCACUCCCAUUAUUGUGAUUAUACAGCGUACUUUAGUUUUCAGUGUGUAAGACGACAAACUGCCGAUGAGAAGACGAAGAAGGUGAAGAAGAAGGCCAAGAAGUAGAAGAAAAAAGCCUGGACGGUCAUUCAGUCACACAUAACCACCAUAUCAGACAGAUUUUACUUCUCUGCUCUCCAGCUUGCUUGUAUAACAUUGUGUAUAUUGUCUUAUCUAAACAGAUGUUCAUAUGAAAUAUAUGGUGCAUUAGUAUGA